AUGCAAAUUCCCGGCUUCUGCCGCUGCUCCUUUGCCAGCCCGCCCGACCCGCCCGUUCCUCGCAGCUUCCCAGCUCCAGACACUGCACGGGCCAACCUGUGCGUGGGCAAGUCAACACGUCGGAGAGCAGCGUACGGCAGUACAAGCUCCUGUCGCCAUUUUCCAGAUCCCUGCACUCAGAGGAAGACCUAUCUGGACCUCCUUCGCUCCCGCUGCUUCCCACCCCCUCGGCGCCCAGACUCGGCUCAGGGUAACAAUCUCACGGGGCCGUUUCCACCCCCUCCACCACACGCCGCCAUUUAUGAGUCGGGGGCGUAUUUAUUUUACGGAGAAUUGGAUGUUGUUUUGUCUCGGCGGCUCUCGGCGGCCGCGCCGAAUCUCGGCAGCGAGAAGGGAGAGGCAGAAACGGGGCCACCAAGAGAGGGAGAGGCAGAAACGGGGUUACCAAGAGAGGGAGAGGCAGAAACGGGGGUACUAAGAGAGGGAGAGGCAGAACCGGGGGUACCAAGAGAGGGAGAGGCAGAAACUGGGGUACCAAGAGAGGGAGAGGCAGAAACUGGGGUACCAAGAGGGGAGAGGCAGAAACGGGGGUACCAAGAGGGGGAGAGGCAGAAACGGGGGUACCAGGAGAGGGAGAGGCAGAAACGGGGGUACCAAGAGAGGGAGAGGCAGAAACGGGGGUACCAAGAGAGGGAGAGACAGAAACGGGGGUACCAAGAGAGGAAGAGGCAGAAACGGGGGUACCAAGAGAGGGAGAGGCAGAAACGGGGGUACCAAGAGAGGGAGAGGCAGAAACGGGGGUACCAAGAGAGGGAGAGGCAGAAACGGGGGUACCAAGAGAGGAAGAGGCAGAAACGGGGGUACCAAGAGAGGAAGAGGCAGAAACGGGGGUACCAAGAGAGGGAGAGGCAGAAACGGGGGUACCAAGAGAGGGAGAGGCAGAAACGGGGGUACCAAGAGAGGGAGAGGCAGAAACGGGGCCAUCAAGAGAGGGAGAGGCAGAAACGGGGCCACCAAGAGAGCGAGAUGCAGAAACGGGGGUACCAAGAGAGGGAGAGGCAGAAACGGGGGUACCAAGAGAGGAAGAGGCAGAAACGGGGGUACCAAGAGAGGGAGAGGCAGAAACGGGGCCACCAAGAGAGGGAGAGGCAGAAACGGGGGUACCAAGAGAGGGAGAGGCAGAAACGGGGGUACCAAGAGAGGGAGAGGCAGAAACGGGGGUACCAAGAGAGGGAGAGGCAGAAACGGGGGUAA